CAUUUUUAAGAACCACUGGGUCUCUUAUCAAAUAUUGCCAGCGGAACGUACAUAUUAUUUUAGGUUGUUAGCUUACGAAAAAUGGCAGACCUUCGUGUUUUGGCUUUUUAAACAGUUAGUAAUUUUACUUUUAUUGAAUAUAAAUAUUUUAAAACUGUAUAUUUCUGCAUCAUCCAUUCCAAACUUACUGUGAGUAUUGUUUUGUCGAACACAAAUUUUAAUAAUAGUUAUAUUGUUACGAGAUAUCUGUUGGAAAUGUUUAGAACUUUAGACACAUGUAUUAUUAAUUGUUUACUAUUUAGCAAUAUUAAUAGUCAAACAUUUAAAUAUUUAAUGAUUAGAAAUUGAUACAUUAAAAAAUUCAGAGAUUAUCUCUGAAUAAAUAGUAAUAAACUAAAUGAAAAAUUGCAUUCUUAUAGACAAAUUAGAAUAUCUAUGUACUACCUACCAAUUUUCAUUGAAUAGAUAAAUUGAUUAUCAAAAUAAAUGUUUAUUAAAGAUGUAACAAACUGUUUAAUUUUCGAACGAACAAUUGCAAAAAAUCGAAUCGAACCAAAUACAAGAUUGUUUAUUUCGAAAAUCAUUCGAUGACGAUUCUGCGAUUCACCAAUAUGAUGUUCUGUGAUGGGACAAAACAGAGUUGUUAUGUAAAAGAAAAAUUCUAUUGUUUCGUAUUAGUUUUUUUGCAUAAUAUUAUAAUUUUACAGAUGUAAAAUUUUUGGACCGAACAAACAUAACCAACCAUUUUACUUUUUUAAUGUUUGAGUUUGAGUUAAAUGAAAUAUUUUAAAAAUUCGGUUUGGUUCGGGUUCGAAUAAAAAAGUAUAGGUUCGCUUAGGUUAGGUUAUAUUGAAGUUAUUAGAAAAUUUAAUAUUUUCUAAAAAUUAAUUUGUAGACUUGUGGAGUCCUUAAAAUUCUUAUUCUUCGUUUUGUAAAUAACUUAUUAUGUAGCUCAGUCCGAACUAAUAAAGCUAAACUUAAUAGUUUUUGAUCAAUAACUCUUGUACCAUGUCACAUAAGUUCAUAUACUUACCUACUUUCUGUAUUUUGUCGAACAAAUGUCUUAAAGGUACCUACACACUUUUAAAUAUUUCAUUUAAAAUUUAAAUUAUUAUUAACCUAUUGUUAAUUUUUCUUUAUUCUUUUUAAGUGGAAUUGUUUACCUAAGUUAUUAAAAUAAGGAAAACUUUCUGUCUUAUCUUUCAGAAUUAAUAUUAACAAUGGGGAUUGACAAUGAUGAUCAAGUUGAAAGUCAAUCUAUUAAAACAACGCAUGUGCGUCCUAGAUGUUUUAUGGAUGUAGCUGUCGAUAAUAUUCUUUUGGGACGUAUUAUUUUUGAACUGUUUGAUGACUUUUGCCCAUUGACUUGUGAAAAUUUCCGGGCAUUGUGUACAGGUGAAAAAGGUUUGGGUAAAACCACAGGCAAACUUUUGCAUUAUCAAGGUGUUAUAUUUCAUCGUGUUGUCAAAUCAUUUAUGGUACAAUGUGGAGAUUUUUCUGCUGGAAAUGGGACAGGUGGUGAAUCAAUAUUUGGUGGAACAUUUCCAGGUAUAUAUAUAUAUAUAUGUAUAUUAAAUAUUUUAUGUGUAAACGAUAAUUUAACUAUGUGUAAUUCUUGUAUUCAGAUGAAAACUUUGAUUUGAAACAUGAUCAACCUUUUUUACUUUCAAUGGCUAAUCGAGGACCAGAUACAAAUGGUUCUCAAUUUUUUAUGUAAGUUUUAAAGAAAUUAAUUUUUAAUGUAUAUUAUUACCAGAGACAUGUAUAAAGAGGCAGGGGCAUCCUGAAUCAUCAUUAUUUAUCACGGAUCAUUUCAGGUUCAAUUAAAACAUUUUAUGUAUGGGUAUUACUUAAUGUAUAAUACCUACAUCUUACAUAAACAUGCCCAAAGUUUUAAAAAAAACUUUACUGUAAAACACGAAUACAAAUUAAUUACAUAUCUGUACAUAUUAUUUACUAAAGUAUAAAUAUUUAAUGAGAAAUAUUUUAAAUAAUUAGUCCAUGUUUCAGUAUUGUUUCUUUAAAACUAGUAAUGAUUUAAAAGUAGGUACCCAUUUCAAAUUAAUUAAUAUUCAAUUUAAGUAAUAUUACCUGAAUAUUUAAUUAUCAUAUGAACACUAUUUUUAUGACUUAUACAAUUUAAAUUUAUAUUUAUUAUAAACAUUGUACUUAUCAUAAUAAAUGAAUUAUAAUCCCUCCUCAAAAAUGUCUAGUUGUGGCUAGACUAAUAUUGUACAUUAUUUCUGUAUACGUCACUGAUUAUGCCUAUUUUUGUAUUUGCUUUGAUAAAUAACCAAAACAUUUUUAGGUUUAAAUUUGUUUCUAUAAUUUUAUUCAAUUUCUAAUAAAUAUAUUUUUAAUUUUAUUAAAAUUUAUUGUUUUAGUUAAAUAUGGAUAUUUUGGAAAUUAAUAUUAUUUAUGCAGUAUGCAUAUAUUAGUUAUUCAUAGCCUUAUUAUAAUAAUAGUAGUCAUGAAUAACUAAUAUAUUUGUUAGGUGAAUUAGUAUUUAGUUUAUAUAGAUAACAUAAUGAUAAUGUAUAUGAAACACAUAUUCAAUUAGAGAUUUUAUUAAAUAUUACUAUAUAUAUUUUUUUUUAUAGAUUUGAAAUUUUUAAAUUUUAUUUUAUAUUAAUAACUUUAUUUAAAUAUACAUAUUAUAUAUAUAUAUAUAUAUGCAAAUUUUAGGAUAUUUAAAAUCAUUUUUAUUUAUAAAUUAAUUGAAAUAAAAUAAUUUGUUAUUAAUGGUGUUUUCGAUUUGGCAAAAUAUGUGCACUGAAAUUCCACUAGAAUACAUUAGUUUUGCACUGACAAUGUGCCAGUGUUUUGAAAUUGAAUACGAAAAAUACAAUUUUACUUUUAUCAUAAAAUUCAAAAAUUGUAUUUUAUGUAUAUUAAUAAACAUGACUAUGAUAUUAUCAUAAUAUUAUUAUGAUAAUGUUUAAUAUUUAUUUGACUAGGACGAUUAAUGCCAUAAUAAAUUUGCAAAAUACCCAAUAUCUGUUAUAAUAAAAUAUAAUUUAUCUAUAUUAAUUAUUUAUUAUUAUUAUGCUCGUGUUGGACAAACAGAGUUUAUAGUUGUUAGCAGAAUGUAAAAAUUGGCAGUUUAUCUCGAUUCACAUCAGUCACUGAGUCAAAUCUAACUUGCAACACUGCUUUGGUUUAUUAAAUUUCAGUUAAAUUGAAUAUACUCAAUAACUGGAAUAAGUGCGCAACUUUUUGUUAAAUCAUAAACGCCAUAAAAUAUCAUCAGUUGAAUUUUGUAUCUCACUAAUUCUAAUUAAUUUGUAAUUUGUUUCAUGAAUCCAUAAUACAAACCAAACUGUUCGAGUCCUGUUUGAUUUUUAUAUAAGUAGUUUAUUUUUUACAGUUAAAAUAAAUAAAUAAAUUUUAUAUAUUAGAAUACGAGUGAGAAUUUUAUUGCUCAUUUGUUCACAUUAGAAGUAAAGAUGUUUACUAAUGCAAUUUUAAUUUUAUAAUUUGAAAAUGUGUUGACGGGAUCAGUAUAUCAGAAUAGCCUUUUAAAAUUUUGGUCGUAUGCCAUGUUAUUUGUUGUAGAACAACACAACCAACCCCUCACUUGGAUGGGUAAGUGAAAUUUUAUUUGUAAGUGUUUAUUAUAAAUAUUUAUAUGUUUAUAAAAUGUUUAACAGAAUACAUGUGGUAUUUGGAAGAGUGGUAUCCGGUCAGCCAGUUGUUAUGCAGAUUGAAGAACUUGGUGUUGACAAAAAUUCGCGACCACUUCAAGAUGCAAAAGUCGUGAAAAGUGGAGAGCUUGUAUUGAAGUCUAAAACUAAACGUAAGGUUUAAUAUAGUUAAACUAAAAAUAUCAGAUCUCUAAAUAAAUCAAUCAAAAAUCAAUACUUUAUUUUUAGUGUACUUUUGUAUUGUAACUGUAUGCAGUUUAUUUUGUAAAUUAUAAUACUAAUGAAUGUGUUUAUAGGAUUUGAAAAAAGUGCAUCUGAAAGUGAAACAAGUUCAUCAGAUGAUGACAAAAAACGCAGAAAAAAAAAAAAGAAGAAGGAAAAAGAGUCAAAAAGAAAAAGUUCAAAAAAGUAUGAUCAAAUUAAUUAAUUUGAUUUUUAACUAAAUAACCUUAUAUUUUAUCUAGGUUCGAACGCUCAAAAAAUGAAGAUGAAGAUGCUGAACCUGUAGGUCAGUUGCAUCCACUUGUAUCAGUUUCCAAUAUUGAUCCUGAAGAAAUACCAGCCGGACCACCCAAUAGAUUUUUGUCUCGUGGUGGUCCUUCGUCUAUGUUUUUAAUGAAACCUCAAAUAGAUGCUGAUGAUAGACCAAAAAGAAGGAAUAGAAUUCGCGGUGUUACAAAAUCUGGACGUAUUGUUAAAGGUCGUGGAACUCUAAGAUUUCGAACUCCAUCUCGCAGUAGAUCCAAAAGUUACACUCCACCACAUUGGCGACAAGAACAAAAAAAAAUGAUAACAUUCAAUGAAUUUGAAGUAAGUUGAUCAAUAAAGCAAAUUUUCUAUAUAAUAAUUAUGAUUUAAUUAAAUUUUAGAAAAAGGAGAUUGAGCGUAAAGAAAGAGAAGAGGAAAUUAAAAGACGGGAAGAAGCCAGGAAAAAAAGACACGAAGAAAAAGAAAAACUUGAAAAAGAUAAAGAUGGUGGAGACACACCACCUGGAACCCCACCUAAGGUAUAUCAAAGUGUACUGAAGGUUUAAUAUUUAAAUAAUAAUGAUAUCAUACUUUUGUUUAGGGUUUUAAAAAACAAAAUGACAAAAUGGAAAUUGAUAUGAUGGCUAAAAUUGAGGAUGUAUUUCAAAUCAUACGGGAUCGUAACAUAAAAAAUGGUAUGGAAAAUCAAUAUGAUGGUAAAAACACAGAUCAGCGUACAUAUGAUAUUAAAAAGAAAGACCGAGGUGACAUUAAAGAAAAAAUACAAAAAUUUGAAAGAAAAUCUGAUAGACGUUCAAGGAGCCGUUCUCUAAAACAUCGAUAUGACGACCGUUCACCAAAACAUCGAUAUGAUGACCGUUCACCAAAACAUCGAUAUGAUGACCGUUCUCCAAAACACCGAUAUGAUGACCGUUCUCCAAAACAUCGAUAUGAUGACCGUUCUCAUCGAGAUAGAGGGCAAAGAGAUGGAAAUAGAUAUGCUAGGGACAAUAGGGAUAAUAGAUAUACACGCAAAGACAAAAAAAAUCAUUCAAAGGAUAAGGAACAUUCUAACAAAAAGAAGAAAGACAAUCCAAGAUCAAACUCUAGUUCAUCAGAUCAUAAAUCUAAACAAAAAAUUAGGAAUGGCAAUAGCUUUAGUUUGUCUCCUGAAGAGAAAGAUUAAAACAUUUACUGCUUUUUUUUAUAAACUUUAAAUAGUUAAUGGCACAUUGAAAAAUUGUAAUUUUAUUUAUUAUUAUCUUUAGAUAUACUUAAGAUUCUGAAUUUUCAUUUAAUCAAUUGAUUAAGACUAUUUAGAUCAACAUGUAUUAUGAAAUUAAAUCAUACCAGUUUAUAUACACAUUUCAAUAUACAAAUAAAAUAUUCAGAUAAUUUCUAUCGGGUAAUUUAAAGUUCAAAUAAACUUUUUCAUUUAUAUAUUGCCGUUUUUGUUAUUAAAUUUGAAAAUUAUGAGGUAUCUAUGAUUAAAAUUUGUACUAUAUUAUUAGUAAUUAAAUCAUCAUGAACAGAAAUGAGA